UACUACUCGUGGCCCGUGUUGCAAGUUAUGUGAUGAAUUUUAAUCGGAGAAAUUGAAUAUUGUCAUGAAAAAAUUGUUAUUUUUCGUUUGACGCGCGCGUUUUGUGUCUGUGUUAUGAAACAGAUUAAGAAAGAGGUAUUUCAGUAUUUAGAUGACGUCGCAACAAGCGCAAAAUACGUUAUCGUGCGACAGAUGUGAAGGAGGUAAAUGGAAUGACGACACCAGUAGUGAUCAGGAUUGGCAGCAUUUUAUUGCUGGAGCUGGUGCUAGUGCAAUUAACAUCUUUGUGACUUUUCCCAUUUUCAAAGUAUGUUUCCGGCAGCAAGUUGAAGGAACUAGACUUAGAGUUGCUUUUGCUCAGAUAAGAAAUGAAGGAUUUCAUUUUCUCUAUCGAGGAGUUUUACCUCCUUUGCUUCAAAAAGCUACAUCAGUAUCUCUGAUGUUUGGAUUGUACCAUAAAUUCCAAAGAGACCUAAACUCUACCUUCCCAAGUGUACCAAGCCAGAUCAAUAAUGGUGCAGCUGCUAUAUUUGCUGGCACUGCAGAAGCCAUUCUAACACCUUUUGAACGAGUGCAAACCAUUCUUUCACAUCGUAAGCAUAAUGAAAAGUAUUUAAAUACAUUUCAUAUUUUUUGGGAACUACGAAGAUUUGGUAUCAAAGAAUACUACCGUGGACUUACUGCUGUCUUGUUACGUAAUGGCCCAACUAAUGCCAUCUUUUUUGGAUUUCGAGGUUAUAUAAAAAAUGCUUUACCAGAAGCACAGACUAGUGUACAAAACACAUUACAAGAUUUUGUCUGUGGGGCAUUGUUAGGUGCUACAAAUGGAACAAUAUUUUAUCCAUUGUCUGUUGUAAAAACAAACAUGCAAAAACAUGUUGGAGGAGUCUACUGGAGUGUUUUUAAGACUUUUUAUAAUAUUUUUAAGGAACGAAAUUAUCGUGUAAUGCUACUUUAUCGUGGUGCUUUUUUGAAUUUCUCAAGAGCUAUUGUAUCUUGGGGUGUUAUAAAUGCAUCAUUUGAAAUCAUACUCUCUGAACUUCAUAACAUGACUAACAAAUCUUAGUCAAUUUUCUACAUUUAUAUGUUAAAAUUUCACCAAACAUUUUUGAUAAGAAAAUGAUCAAUUGUAAAAUUUAGAACUUUGAUUUUCUUCAGCAAAACUUGAGAGGAGAUGGUUUUAUUCUUCUGUAUGCCAUCCAAUCUAUGAAUGUGUUGGCUGGAGUAUGAGCAAUUUCAUCAAGAAAGAACUAAAUAAGAAUAAAAAACUUUACUUUAGACAACUUGGCUCUCAUACUUAUUUAUAACAAGGUUAAAACUUACUUUGAGUGCCUCUUGUGUGCUAGCACUGCAUAAUUCAUAGAGUGGAAGGCUUUGUACUAUCAGACAUAUCUUUGACUAUAAUGAAAAUUUAUUUUAAAAUUUAUUUAAUCUGCAAAGAAUCAUAAUAAAAUAAAUCAAACCUUUA